AUGAAUUUCAUAUUUCUCUUAGCAGGUUUAUUAUAAACUCUGGUGGCAUAUUAUAAAGGAAAUUACUUAUUUACGGAGACAAUUAAAGGAACGUGCGAUUUUACUAGAAACAGUCAAUAUAUAUAUGAUUACAAGGUAGUUUAGUCUUUAAAAGUAGGAUCUAGGAGGAACUUAAAUGGAUGAUGCAUUAUCGAUUGGGUUUGGGUUUUGGUUAUUUUUUGAUACUUCAAGACAGGAACUAUUGUAUAAUGCAAGUAAUCUAUUUCAUUUAAGUGACAAUGAUAACACUUACAAUUAUAGAAUAGUGUCGUUUGGGUUAAAGAAAUAUGGAGUAAAUUCCACUUUGGAGUUGUUUUAAUAAGAUUAGCUUCUGAAAUAAGGGCCAUCUAUUAAUGUGAAUACAGAAACCCUUAUGGAUGAUAAAUGGCUAUUUGUAUAUGUGUCCUACGACUUCCUGUUCUUGAAAUACUCUUUGGGAGUAUUUGAUACAGAUUAAACUGUCAUUUACAAUGCAACAUACUCCUGUCCAAAUUAAUUGAAGUAUUGCACUAAUGAAACAUUGCCUUAACCUUUCUUAAAAAGAGACAAGAUGAAAUUGUAUAUAGCUUAAAACGGACCCUAUAGAAACGACACUAUCAAAAGCAGAUCUUGGUGUGGGAGUGUGUCUGGUUUUUAAUACUACUUGGAUGUGUAGAUGGUGAGUGAUUACAAUUUACGAUCUCUGAUGUAUGGUUAUGAUAAAAUGGGAGUUUAUUUGAAUUACCCACUGACAUAAAUGAGUGGAAACUAACUCUAUGAUUUUAGUGGUGCUGAAUUGGAUGUUCAACAUGACAUAACAGUUGAUUGGACAGAUCAAGCCCUCACUAUAGGAUAGCCUCUCUCUAUAAAUGUUCCCUUCAAAAGAUUUCUAUAUGACAGAUUUACAUUGGCUUUCUGGGUGAAGGCCGAUGCUGGUAUUAACUUUGCUAUCCUGUAAAGAAUGGUUGACAGUGUUGUUAUGUUUGAAUUGGACCUCACUUAUUAUGCUAUAGACAAUUAUUACUUCUUCACUGUGAUGAGGGAGAACCUUAAGUCUUCGAUUAAUGUAUAGUUUAGUGUAAGUCAAUGGAAUUACUUUGUUCUAAUUUUCAAUUACGAUAAAAUGGCUCCUGAGGAUGGCACUUUGACUAAGUUGACAGUAUACAAGAAUAGUGAGGAUCCACAAAGUUUUGAGUUGACUGUUCCUGUCUAUUAUCCUGUUUAAGAUGGCGAUAUACUGAUCUUUGGCAAAAGAGAUGCAAUUCCUGUUGGGAAGUCUCUAAAGAUUGUCAAUCUCUAAUUGCAUUAAGGUGCUAGAGUGUUUAACCAUAAAAGCAAAGAAGUUGGAGAUACGUCCUGUUUAUUAUCAGCUCCAAAAGCAUUUAAAUACAAUUGUUUACUUUGCGCAGAUGGCUAUUUCUUGUCUGGCACUAAGUGUAUUACUAGUUCUGAUUGCACGACUCUAAAUGGCGUAACGGACGCAGUUAGGAAGAUUUGUCUACCAGGUUGUGACAUGAAGUGUAAGACUUGCAACAAUCUAACACCAACAGUUUGUUUGCAAUGUAUCAACAACUUAUAACUUAAUAGUGGAGUUUGCAGUUGUCCAAACAAUGGGUAUAUAGGAACAGGGAAACAACUAAGAUGCAAGGAAUAUGAUGAAGUUGAAGGCACUGAAAUUGGUAUUUACUAUGCAAUACUCAAUUAUGUCAAAAGUGGAACCAGCUACAGGAAAGAUGAACUCCAAAUAUCCUUCAAAGAUAUAUUCUCUAGCAUCCCUUCUGUUAUCGUAGCCAUUAAAGAGGUCAAGUUCUCUAAAGGCGAUUCAUAUAGAUUGAUGGCUACUCAGAUCACUUAGGAAACAUUUGUACUUUAAAUUGAAGUUUGGGAUCAAACCAUCGUUGAAAAUUUAGUAAUUAACUACUUUGCUACUACUCAAACUGAUUUGUUUGUUUUAAUACAGGAUGAAUAUGAUACAACUAGUACUUUCGGUACUGGUACUGGUAAUAGAGUGCAUUAGAUUUAGAUCCUAUUGAAUGAAUGGAAUAUGAAAUUAUAGUAUCCCUAAAUCAUUCCAUUUUAUAAUGGGAUGCAAUUUAAAUAAGGACUUAGCAAUGUUACUCUUACUUAUACUACUACUAUUGAUACCAUAAAUAAAUAUUUGCUUGUAGAUUUCAAAAUCAAAGAUGACCUUCAAAUAAACAAAAUUUAUUAUAGUUUCAUGUUAAUAUCUGAAGAAUUUGAAACUUUGACUCAAUCAUUUAAUUCUCAAACUAGUGUUUUGUGGAUUACAUAAACUGGAGAACAGAAAUAAAAUUAUACUCUCUAUUCUUUCAAAAACUAUUAACCUAAUCAUUUUUAUGGAUUGUCUAUUAUGGGAUAUAAGAGUGCUGACAUUAAAAAUAUUGCUAUUCAAAGUGAAUUAAAUUCUCAAACUAAUAAAUAUAAACUAUAUGCUACCGCUGGUGAUUAUACUGUAGUAGACUAAUUAUAAAUAUAAAUCAUUGGAAUUGGAGUUAAUUGCUAAACUUAUGGAUGUUCUUAGUGUCAAUCAUCUCCAGUGGAUUGUGUGCAUUGUAAAGAUAAUUUGUUGGAUCCUGCUAAAUAGUGUUUGAACUGUGCAAAUAAUUAAUAUUUAGACAAUGCUUAUGCAUGUUAACCAUGCAAAUGGAAUUGUCAGACAUGUUAUGAUGAUAAAUAGUGCCUCACUUGUCCUACUGGUGUUAAUAGAUAUGAUGAUCCUGUUAAUAACUGUCCUUGUUAAAAUGGGUAUUAUGAUAAUGGAGUUACACUUUGCCUUUCAUGUGAUUGGAGAUGUGAAAUAUGUGACAAAUCUGCUACUAGUUGUUCAUAAUGUAAGGGAGCUAAUCGUAAUGCUGACAAAUCGUGUUUAUGUGAUGAUAAAUUUUAUGAAGUCGGAACUGAUUUGAUUUGCAAAAGUACAAUUAUUACAUCUAUCUAGAUUGUUAGGAACCUUGUGAUUUGUGUGAUGUUCUGGGUUGUCUCACUUGUUUAGGUAAUAGAGUAGUUGAUAGCAGUAAAAAAUGUGUUUGCCCAUCAGAUGGCACUCCAAUACCGAAAAGUCAGUAUUGUGAAACUUGUGACACUGCUGAAGUCCUUGUCACAUUGAAUGAAACUACUGAAUCUUUAAGUGUAUUCUUUGUCAAAUCAAACACCUCUUAUGUAUCUUUAGAUUAUUAAUCCUUAAACCCACAAGAUCUAUGUAUUAAAAUAAUUGCCAGUUCUCAAUAUCCAAGAUUUGGAUUAAGUCCUAAAUGCUUUUAUAAUGGUACCAAUAUUGAUAUAGAAUUUGGAAAUGAAUCCUAAAUCAAUCUCAUGGAGGAAAUAUAAUUGUCGGAGAAAAUAUUCAUUAAAGAUGGUUGUAAGACUCCAAUCAAGAAAUAUGUCCUGAGUGUACUCCAAUUACCUACUGUAGAUAUAUUCUAACCCCAAUUUACUAUUGAUGGACCACUAUACCCUGUUUACAUUUGUAAGGCAAUUACUUUAAGUAUAACGAACAUCAAAUUUGCAGGCAAACGUCAAUUGUCUAAGAUAGACUGGAGAUUAAAAGAAAGUGAUGCUAAUUAAACUAUUAUCGAUAGCAUACAACUAAUUUUGAGUGAUGUCAAUCAUAACAAUUUGGAUACUUUAACUUUUAAUUCUAAAGUAUUCUAAAAUUUCACCAAUUAUACCUUUGAAGUAACUGCAUUAUCAUUUGCCACAAAAACAAACACCUAAACCUUUAAAUUAUAAACUCUUGGAUUGGUUCAACCAGUCAUCACAGCUAGCAUAACACAUUUUAACCAUUAUUUUAAGUAGUCAUUAAUCAUUCCUGUAACAGUAUAUUACUAAAUUUGCCAAUCAUCUAAGAUUGUAGAGUAAUUUAGUAAUCUAACUCUCUAUUGGGUACAACUUGAAUCCACCCCAGCAGAUAAUAAACCUUUGAUUGGGGAUACCAUCACAGAGUAGAUCUCAAGUAAAUAACACUAUUUCAAAAUGCAACCCUAAGAUGGAUACCCAGAUACCAGUUAUCUAAUUUAGGCAUAAUUAAUGUAUCAAGAUACAAUUGAAAUUUUUGAUUAGUAAGUACCUGAUCAAACAGAUACAGGAACUGAUACAGGCACUGACACAGGCACUGACACAGGCACUGACACAGGAACUGAUACAGGCACUGGAACUGAUACUGGUUCUACUGGAACAGAUACAACAGGAACUGAUGAAAAUCCAGAUGAAGAAGCAGUAGAGGAGGAAGUUCAUUUCUAUUAAUCAGUUGAUAUUUAUACUUACCUUAAUUUUACAGUUGAUAUAGACUAUGUCGGAGUUUCAGUGAUUAUAUUGGGAGGAGAUCGAUUUGUUUCAGAAGGCUAAUCAUUAACCUUAGAAGCUCAAUAUUGGGAUGGUUUAGAUGAGGGAUCCUCUUAUAAUAGUGAUUCCAAUAUUGGAUUACUUUGGAAAUGUAUUUAAAUAUCCACUAAUAGUUCAUGUGUGUUAAAUGACGGAACUGCGGUUGUCUUCGAAGAGAAUGCAACUAGUAUCACUUUGGAAGGGGAAAUAUUCAAAAUAGGUCAAUAAUACUAAGUUUCAGUAACUGCCUACAAGGAUUUGAUUAAAAGAUAUUUUACUUAUGUAAGCAAUGUGAUUUGCUCAUUUAAAUCAGUUGAUGAGUUGAUUCCAGAAUUUCCAAUUGCAGCUUAGACCAGAUAUAUUGAUCUCAAAUAACCCAUCACUUUUACUUUUAUUCCCAACUCAAAUCUUAUACAUUAUUACAAUUACACUCUAAUAAUCAUUUAUGAUGAUUAAGAAAUUUCAAAGCAAUCUCUAAGAUAUCCUCAAAAAACCCUGAAAUUAAGUGAUUAUCUACCAAGUGCAUUGCCAGUGUAGACAUGUACAAUCUAAGUUAUCCAGCAAUCCUUAUCCUUUUACUAAAUGGCAAUCUUGCCCAUCAUGUUCAAUUAUCCUCCCUAAAAUGCUAAAAUAACAAUAUCCAGCUAUACUGGAGUGGCAAUUGAAACUGAAUACAAUAUCACUAUAGAUGAUGCAGAGGACCAGGAUCUACCCCUAUAAUAUAGAUUGAGCAUGUAUACAUCGCAAGAGAGUUACCAACAAGAUCUCAUACAAUCAAAUAACCUAAAUCAAAUUGUUUUGACUGAUUAUCAAUUCUCUAAUUCAUUCGUAUGUAGAUUACCUUCUGGGUUUGAUUCCUCCUUAACCUCAACACCAUAUAUAGUACUUAUGGCGAGCAUAAAGGACUCAAGAGGAGCAGUUAGCAAUGUGACUGUGAUGUUAGGAAAUUCACCUUAAUUUAAAUUAUGGAAGGCCUACUUAAUAUCUGUCAGUGAUUUCAAGACUUCAGUUACUCAAUAUUCUGGAAAAGUGGAGGUUAUAGCUUCAAGUUUAGAAUUGCUUUCCUUCUAUUACGAAUUCUAAAAUAGUAAUUUCAAUUACACAGAUCUUGCCCCUACAAUGAAGAUAUUGUAUGCCAAACUCAAAUCUUAAGUAAUAGAGGAUUUGGAAGCCAUUUAUUCAAGAAAUAAAAUAAUUAACCUUUAUGAUCGAACUAUGUUUUAGAUGUAUUUAUUAAAUGAAACUGAAAAAUCUAAUCUCAUUCAAACUAAAUUGUAAUCCAUUAUAGACAUUUCGUUCUAAUUUAAAACAAAGCUUUUGGCUGCUUUAGCCUUAUCAUAAUAAAGAGAAUACUAUGGUGAUCUGUCGAGUUUAAUUGAUAUUGAUUAUUCCCAUUUUAUGUUGAUUGAACAAUUGAAGUAAUUCAAUGCAGUCCUUUCCUUUAAAUUGAAUGUUACAGAUAUUGAAUUUGCAUAUAACACGUUGACCAACACAACCCUAAAAAUGUGGAGAUUGAAUCAUACUGAAUUGGCAUUAGAAAUGGAUGCCAAAGAGGAAGAAGAGAAAACAAACGGUCUCACAAUUGAAUAGCAACUUAUCAAAUAUAACGAUGUCUAUAAAUUCAUUCAACCUUUCACAGUAGAGGAAUUAUUUGGAUUCUCUAACUUAACUAUUUCAGACUCUUUGGCCAAAUAUCGAAGUCAAUUUAACUUUACAUAAAAAUAGAUGAUUUCUAUUACAGAUUCUUUACAAAAGUUGUGCAAAAUCAAUGAGUCUCCAUUGGAGUACAACACAUCCUUUGUAUCUAUUAAGUUGUAAUUGCUCUCUUAUGAUUAUUUCAAAGAAUAAUUCAAUUUAAAUGAUAACAAUAGACUGUUAGCCUAAUUGAAUUCAACUUAUCAAUAUCUGAUUGUAGUGCAUAAAUAUGCUGUCAACCCUUACAUGGUAGAUGAUGAAUUCUUUAAUUUUACUGGAACUUAUGCUUUUGAUUAAACAUUCCCUCUUUACAUACCCUUCAUUUAUGAGGUCUAAAAUAAGACGAUAAUGAAUUUAGUUGAUGAGAUAGAAGCAAAUGAAUAUUCUGCUGACUUCCUUGUUCCAAAUUCGAGUUUAAGUAUUCUCAACCAAUAUUAAUGUGCACAAGUAAAUUUCAUAAGAUAUUUCGAAUUAGAAAAAAACCAAGUGGAUCAGUGACAACUCUAAUUGCACUAGAAGAGUUGAAUAUCUAACAAAGAAUUUCCAAUUCAAAGUAUGGUGCAUCUGUCCAUAUUUCAGUGAAACCACAUUAAUUAGGCCUUUCUAUGUCGAGGAAAUCGCCUUACUCAAACCUCAACUACUAAGUAAAAGCAGUCUUAUAGAUUUUAGCUUAUCUUAACUUCAUGGAAUUCAUUAUAGGAGAUUACUUAGUUGGAUUGACUGGAGGCUUGUUAUUGUUAUCGAUACUUGGAGUGAUUAUGGACAAGUCAAAUUCUGAUAAAAUAAAAUUGGAGGAGGAAGAAAUGGAGAAGGAGAGAAUUCAAAUUAUAUUUUCUUAUAGAGUCAAAAAAAGAAGAGCUUAGUAAGAAGAAGAAGCUUCUAAAACAUUUCUUUCAGAAUCGAAGGCCUUUUAAAAUAAUACAACUUAAACAGAACCAUAACCUAUAUAUGGGAAUAGUGACAUUGGGAUCUAAGAUUUAAGUAUAAAAUUCAUCGUGAUUGGAAUUUUGGUAUGAUUGUAAUUAAUAUGUUUAAGAAACUGGAAGAAUUGGUCUCAGUUUUCUUGUACUACGAUGAUUAUGUUUUAAGACCUAUCAGGUUUCUAGCUAUUUAUUUGAAACUAAUCGUGAUGCUGUCAAUUUCUGGUGUUUUGAUGAGCGAACCCAACAUAUACUAUUAAUAUGGGAUCAUCAUUUUGGUUUCAGAGAUUUCUGCACUUGUAGUCAAAAUUGUAAAAGCAAUCUUUUCAGGAAAAUUACUCUAAAUUAUUGUAGGAACAAUAGCCUCGCUUUGUAUAUUGACGCUAUCCUUUUUCAGCAUAAUUGACAGAGUAAUUGAUGUUAUUGAUUUAGGCAAUUGGAAAGGAGAAGCAAUAUUUGGAUGAGUGGAUGCAAUUCUAUGGAAUUUGUAUUGGCAUUUACUUCAUAAUCUUGGACCCAAUUCAAAGUAUUGUAAAAAUGUUAUUGUAUCCAUGGUGCAGAAAAUAAAUUGAGACAUAACAAGAAACUCCAAUUUUACAUUUAGUCUAUUUCUUAAUUACUUAGAACGAUCUCAACACAUAUUUCAAGAUAGCAAAUGAAUAGAAGGUGGUCGAUGAUUAGGAGAUCGUGGAAGCAGAGAAAGAUUAAUUUUAAGAUAAAAAAGAGGAAUAACUGUAAGACAUAUGAUCAUAU